UCCUGGGCGGGGUGCCCGCCCCGGGGCAGGUGGAAGAGAUCAUGACUUUGGUCAAAGAGCAGGAAGCCAUCAGGAAGCUCAUGGUUUUCUUGCAGGAAUGGGAUAGUGCCCACACAGUUGCUCGAAGUCACAUCCUGGACAACUUCAUUAAAAGCAAUGAAGGCAAGACAGAACCUGAGCUGGAGCUGGAGUUCUCCCAGGGAGGCAGCUUGUUUCUGGCUCGCCUAACAGUGUGGCUCAGGAUGUCCUACAUGUACAGCACAUGCCUCCGCAAGGUGUUCAAGUCCAUUGGCAUCUUCCUGUCUGCUGCAAGUGGGCACAGGUACCUUACUGAGUUUCUGGAGACUGGAGGUGUCUUGACUCUCCUGGAAAUACUAGGGCUGAACUACCUGAAAGAAGAGGACAAAAGGGAGUCUGUAAAGCUGCUGCAGCUUGUUGCAGAUGCUGGCAGGAAGUAUAAGGAGCAGAUCUGUGAAAGCUAUGGAGUGCAAUCCCUCGCCAGGUUCUUGGCCACUUGCAACUCAGUAAAGGCUCAAGAAGACGUGCAGGUUCUGCUGGCCUCUUUGGGCCAUGGCAAUCCCAAGUACCAGAACCAAGUCUACAACGGGCUUGUUGCUGUGCUGGCAUGUGCUUCCCCCCGAGCCCAGCAGCUGGCUCUGCAGACACUCAGAGUCAUGCAGGAUGUGGUGGGAGAGGCUCCCUCUGUCCUUGUGGAGCCGGUGCUGGGAGUGCUGUGCUCGAUGCACCUGGAGGUUCAGCACGAAGCCAUCCAGCUGCUGAAGGUCCUCAUGGCCCGCGAGGUCCGGCCGGCCCUGCUGAAGGGCCUGGUUGCCUUACUGAUGCCAUCCAGGAAGAAAGAGUUUGCCUUCUGCGAGGAGCCCGCCGAAGACCCAGCUGCACUUUGCCUGAGGGAGACCACUCUGGUUCAUUUUCAGCAGGCAGCUGCUGCAAAAGCCAUUGGUGUCUUGGCCAAGGAGUCAGCAGAAGUGGCUGAAGAGCUAAUGCAGCUGAAAGUGGUACAUGGCCUGAUGGUUGCUGUGGGAAACCUGGAUCAUGUAGCCAGCCAGAGACAUGCCAGCAUCUCCCUGGAGUAUUUUGUCCACAUGUUUCCCUCUGUGGAGGAGUGUGUAAAGAAGGCACUAGGACACACAGUGUUCCAGCACUUUAUGGACAGUCCUGAAACCUGGUACACAAAAAUUGAUCCAGUCCAAGCCGAAGAACUGGCCUCCAGUAUAGCUGACAUCUCCAGAGACAUGGCAAGGAUGCAGUCCACAGAAGGUGAGCAGCAAUGACUGUCCACCAGAAAAAGUGCAUCUUCAAAUCAGAACCAAAUCCAGGAAUCUGAAGUCAAGAUUUGCAGUGUUCCUGAAUGUUUAUAACAAGAAUUACCAUACAUCCUUCCAGAGUGUGGAAUGCUUUCCAAGAAGAAACCAAAGUUUGUGGACUAAAUGAAAGAAAGCUACCAUGCCUGAAAUGUGCAAGUGUCAUCUUGUUAACAUACAACAAAAGUCAGUCUCCUUUUCACUUGUCACCUCACCAGAGAGGUACAGAGGCAGGUAUCAUCCAGGGCCCCAGGGAAACCUGGGGCUCAAUCCCUGCAAGUCUGCCUUGCCCUGCAGGUACACAAGGUCAGCCAUGGGGCACUCAAAACACUCCCACCACCUUCUUAAAUUUGAGUUCUCCAGGUCCCUCAGAUUUCACCUGAAGUCUCCAAGGUGCCAUACCCUAUUAGUUUAUCUUAAAGGCCAUCAAGAACACCAAGGGUUUUGUGCCAUCUGUAGGGCCAUGUCAGGGACACAUUCUUAUCACACCACUUACAGAUGGGACCCAAAGUACUACAAAAAGUAAAAGCAUGGAGGUAACCAUUCAGCACAGGGUAAAUUCCCUACAAAAAUAGCCAACAGGGCAGUCUGAAUUCUAGCAUGAGAUUUCUGAGGAAAGUAGACAUUAGUCACAGUUUAAUACUAUCUCCAUUGUGUCUCACACUGAGAACACCCAGGUUAGUUUCAUAAGACAGUUCUAAGAUAAUUUGCUUCUAACAAACAACCUCCAAAUUGCCAUUACAGGCAAUGACAACAAGAGAACUCUUGGUCAGUAAUAAAAGCAGUAAAAACACCUGCAACAAGAGCAGAAUGCAGAAGUCAGAAAGGCCAUUACCUGUCAGCAUAUCUCAGUGUGUUUAAGGUGUACUCGCACGAACUUAUGCCUGGAGAAAUCAUUGCUAUCUGCAAACAGAACAGAAGACCUCAGUGACUCCCACAUCUGACCUCUGCUCAUGUUAAUGGUCCUACAGAUAUCACCCAGGUGGCUGGGACACAUUAGAACAAAGGAUUAGAGUUGAGACAUUCUGUCUGGUCCACUUUCCUUUAUAGCUUUUGUGGGACAUGCUAGGGGCCCUUUAUCCAGCUUUCCACUGGCUUUGUGUGCACCCACUGUGCUGCACCAUCCAAGGGAAGCAAAGCCCUUUGAGAACACACCAGGCUCUACUGUAGAUUCACUGUGAAAGUGACUUCUGCAGCCCUGCUUCUACUGGAACUGGGCAAAGCUCACUAGUUUCUCAUCUCAAUCCCCAUUUGUGAGCAGAGGAGAAAAACUGCAUGGCUUUUUUGCAGAGAACUGAAGCUUUCUGCCUUCAAAAGUCCCUUUGCUCCAGAAGAGGAGUAAGCAGAUAUGUAGUCAAAUUGCAGAGCCCAUAAGCAGUGUCUGUUUGUGCCAUACACAUACUCACCAUACAG